UGUUAGGCUCUUGCUUUCUAUUGUUUCCCCUCUGCUAAAACCUAGGGUUAGGGUUUCCUCUCAAUCCUUCACAACCAACACCGGUACAAUGUCGUCCUCUGCUUCUUCAGCGACCGAGAAGAAGAUUGUCCUGAAGAGCUCCGACGGAGAGACCUUUGAGGUCGAGGAGGCCGUCGCUCUGCAGUCGCAGACGAUCAAGCACAUGAUCGAGGACGACUGCGCGGGCACUGCCAUACCGCUGCCCAACGUCACUAGCCGUGUCCUGUCGAAGGCGAUCGAGUACUGCAAGAAGCAUGCCGAGUCGCCGGCGGCUCCCGAAGACGACGAUCGCGCGGCCGACAACACGCUCAAGACCUUCGAUGCUGAGUUCGUCGACGUCGAUCAGGGCCUCCUGUUCGACUUGAUUCUGGCGGCAAACUACCUGGAUAUCAAGAGCUUGUUGAACCUGACCUGCCAGACCGUCGCGAACAUGAUGAAGGGAAAAACUCCCGAUGAAAUCCGGAAAAAAUUCCACAUUGUGAACGACUAUACUCCGGAGGAGGAGGAGGAGGUCCGCAGGGAGAAUGCGUGGGCCUUUGACUGACAGAUCCAAAGAUGAUCCGUCACUUUCAGUCAAUUUAUAUUUUUUAGGCUUAAGUACUACAUAGGAAUGGUUGUCUAUUCCUACUUCUUUCUUUCUUUCUUUUUUUGUGACGGGUGGUAUAUGAUUACCUCCGACUUAUGUGCUAACAUAGUUGGGAUGUAGGUUGUGGGUUAUGAAUGUCGUUUUUUUCAUUUCUUGUUAAUCUUUGUAACUUCGGUUAUUUGAUUAAUAAAAUUUCAAAAAUUGUCCAUUCUA